UGAUUGUGUGUUUUAAUGAUUCUUACCUUCAUUUGAAGUUGGUGAUGUCCAUAUAUGUGGCAGUGGAAGCCCUCCCACCCCAACCUUCGGAAGCACUCUCACCCCAACCUGCGCAAGCCCUCCAACUCCAAUCAGCUCCUCAUCCUCCAAGGCAAUGGAGGCGUGCAAGGCCACCAAUUUUCCGUACCCGUGUCACCCUUUUUGGGAUGCCUGAUGAUGUUGUAUUGCGCAGAUACAGACUGCCACCUCAUCUAAUUCUAGACACUCUCUCCAUAAUAGAGAGUGAUCUAGAACAAUCCAUUAGGUAUCCUACAGCAAUACCAGCAUUGACACAAUUCCUUGCUGUGUUACAUUUUUUGGCCACUGGAUCAUACCCACAUGUAGUUGGUGACUUGGUUGGCAUGUCGCAGGGCCAGUUCAGUAAGGUCCUGUGGCGUGUUAGCCAAGUAUUUAUAAGCCGAGUAAAGCAAUUGAUAUCAAUGCCUUUGGAUGCUGGUGCCCUGGCUGUGGUGAAGCGGCAAUUUCAGGAAGGGGGUAGUCGCUUCCCACACGUUAUUGAGGUUGUGGAUGGGACACAUGUUGCCAUUGUUGCGCCAAGACAUAAUGAAGAAACCUAUAGAAACAGGAAACUGUUUCAUUCUCUGAAUGUAAUGGUUGUUUGUCGCCCAUCCCUCCAGAUCCUGUCCCUGAAUGCUAAGUUCCCUGGGAACUCCCAUGAUGCCCAUGUCAUUAGACAAUCAGGGAUAUGGCAAAGAUUAAAAACGAUGGAAGGCCAAGACAUGUGGCUAUUGGGAGACCGUGGAUAUCCUUGCACCCCCUGGCUCAUGACUCCUUACAGUAAACCCAGGCCAGGACCACAGUCAGCAUUUAACUCCGCGCUUACUGCCACUAGACAGCUGGUGGAGCGCAUGAUUGGUGUUCUUAAAGGGCGUUUUCGUGUGCUCCACCGCACUGGUGGCGACAUCAUGUAUUCGCCGGAGAUGCUGAUUGUUCCUGCAAAAUGUGGGCAAGCACAACGGCAAGCAGCGGCUGGAAGACCUCCAAAUUCAAGCCCAGUCCAAUCCCCUUCUCCGCCCCCCUCCCCUUCUGUGGCCCAAGUCCCCUCUCUGCCCCCUCCCCCUCUCUUUCCUAAUCCCCUUCUCCGUCCCACUCCCCCUCUCUUUCUCAAUACCCUUCUCCGCCCCACUCCCCCUCUCUUUCCCAAUCCCCUUCUCCGCCCCACUCCCCCCCUCUUUCCCAAUCCCCUUCUCCGCCCCACUCCCCUUCUGUGGCCCAAUCCCCCUCUACGCCCCCCUCCCCCUCUCUUUCCCAAUCCCCUUCUCCGCCCCACUCCCCCUAUCUUUACCAAUCCCCUUCUCCGCCCCAAUCCCCGUCUCCGCCCCCCUCCCCCUCUCUUUCCCAAUCCCCUUCUCUGCCCCACUCCCCCUCUCUUUCCCAAACCCCCUCUUUGCCCCCUCCCCCUCUGUGGCCCAACCCACCUCUCCGCCCCUCUCUGUGGCCCAACCCACCUCUCCGCCACCCUCCCCCUCUCAAUCUAACCCACCCUCUGUAACUAGCUCCCCCUUCCAUCCUAUUUCCCCAAUCCAGACUCCUUCCCCCAUCCAGACUCCUUCCCCCAUCCAGACUCCUUCCCCCAUCCAGACUCCUUCCCCCAUCCAGCCUCCUUCCGCCAUCCAGCCGCCAUCCCCACCUUCUGAAUGGGCAGCAGAGGCCCCGGAGGCACUUCAGGGAGGUGCUCAAGUGGCAGAGGAGAAUGGUGCAAUUGUAGAUCCCACAAGCCUGCCUGGCAUUCUGGCCAGUAUAAAGGCCAAUCUGAGGGCGUUGCUGGCCGACGUGGAACGGCUCGAAAAAUUUUACAAAAAAUAAAAUAAAAUUGGUUUUGUUUAAAAAAAAAAAAAAUUACUGUUCACAAAUAAACAAUUUUGUUUCAAGUUAAA